AUGGGAAUUAUUAUUUCAGGUAGCACAAAGGUUGGUAAACAAUACAUCAGCACAGCAGAAAAAGCCAGUGGAAUGAUGGUUACAAAGGAAGAGAUACUAUCAAAGCAAAACCUGAUAUUCUUAUGUCAUAUUAAGGGUGAAACAUUAAUUAGCAUACCAAUCGCCACCGUUAUUUAUCCCCUUAUUCCACUCGCUGAGUUCUUUAAUGACAUCACUGUGUUGGAAAUGAAUGAUGUUUGCAUAAAGGAAUUGGAGAAAUGGAUAAAUACACAUGAUGAAGCCUAUGAUUGGUCUCAUGCAUUCAAUCUUAUAGCAGAACAGGAAGUCAAAAGUGAGGAGUGGAAGAAAAGGGAAGAAACAUUUAAAACAUCAGUUAAACGAAUUCUAAAAUAUGAUCUGACCAAAGAAAACCCAACUGACCCAGUUACACUUCCAAAAGUUGACUGUUUAUAUGUGGGUUGUUCCCUUGAAGUUGCCUGCAAAGACCAAGAUGACUAUAUCAUGAGCAUGAAGAAGAUCUCAAGAUGGCUAAAACCAGGUGGUCAUCUGAUAAUGUAUGUUCUGUUCAAUGCUACUUUUUUCACGGUUGGCGAACACCGCUUCCGCAUCUUAACAUUGAAUGAAGAGUUUCUAAAAAAAACGCUCAUGGACAUAGGGUAUGAGAUUCAAACCAUAGAAAUGGUGGAAAACAAAUCAAAACAUGAGGCUCUAAAUUAUGAACACCUGGCGCUUAUUACUGCUGUCAUGCAAUGA